GCUCUGACACCGCCAGCAGGAGGAAGGCCCGCCCCACGCGCGCCUGGAGAAGAACCGUACGAACCCGUCCGUGCUCUGCUGCCCCGCUCCGCAGCUCCAGAGCAGCAACAUGGAGACAGAGUUGUUUAUGGAGUGUGAGGAGGAGGAGCUGGAGCCAUGGCAACAGGUGGACGACAGCGUGGAGGAAGACGAGAUGGACUUCAGUGACAACUACUACGAGCCAGGUGAGAGACCCCCCCCCCGACAAACACACACACACACACACUUUCCCGUGGAAUAAUACCUGUCUGUCUCUCUGUCUGUCUGUCAAGUGGAGGAUUCUCUGUCUCCUCUUCCAGCCUCUGAGACUCCGCCUCCCCAGACUCCUCCACCCAUCACACCACCUGGUCCAACAGCUUCUUCUCCUGCACAGAUCGUCUCCUCCUCUGUGAUGCCUCCUCCUCUUCCUCCUCCACCCUCCAUCAUCACCUCCUCCUCUGUCUCCCACCUUCCUGCCCCCUCCACACCUGCAGCAGCAGCCCCGCCCCUGAUGGCUCAGGCCCCGCCCCUCAUCCUGACACAGACAGCAGGUGGAACGUUCCUCCUCCCAGCAGCCCCCGGGGUAGGCAGCGCCCCCCCCAUCCUCCUCACCACACAGGGUUUCCCGGUACAGACGGUCAUGAACCACGGCGCUCCUCUGCUGCUGAACCUGCAGCCCGGGCAGACGGUCCAGCCGCUCACUCUGAUCCAGUCCCCAUCCUUGGGUCAGUUGGUCAGGCCAAGUGUGGGCGUGUCCCCCGUCCUCCCCCAGGGCCAGGCGGUCCAGACUAGACCGGGCUCCAACCCCUCACGAGGCCCCGCCCAGCCCGGCUCCACCUUCACCGCCAUGCAGCUGCCUGCCACGCUAACCAUCCGCACCGGCACACCAGGACCCGUUAACCUUCAGGUGACCCAGGUGGGUGGAGCCAACUCCCUGAAGCUGGCAGGUUCCCCUGCCCUUCCGUCUGGCUCGGCCAAUGGAGUCACCAGAAUCUUCAGCAGUGCUCCCGGCUCCGCCCCGUCUCUCAUCAUGACGCCUAGUGUGACCUCAGUGGCGACCUCCGACCCCCCGAGGGUGGUGAUGAGUGUUGAGGAGUUCUACUACGGGACGUUUGAAGGUGACCUGAGUCUGAGGAAGCCACAACCGCUGGGGAUCAAAACCUCCACUUUUACCUGCCAGAUCUGCUCGCACCUCGCCGAGAACAACCUGAGGUUGAUGCAGCACAUGCUCCAGCACUCAGAGCUGAUUGGAGGAGGGGGAGGAGGAGGAGGUGAUGAGAGGAGGUGCUGUAAGUUCUGUUACAGACAGUUCUCGUCUCCAGCUCAGCUGCAGAGCCACCAGGAGCAGGUGCAUGGUCCCGUCCUGUCCUCCUGUAUGUGUCGUAUAUGUGAGUGGGCAUUUGAGAAUGAGCCGGCCUUCUUGAACCACAUGAAGUCCAACCACAAACCAGGAGAGAUGCCCUACAUUUGCCAGGUGUGUUCGUAUCGCUCGUCCUUCUAUUCGGACGUCCUCCAGCACUUUGCCAGCUUCCACAGAGACUCUUGCUUCCUGCUGUGUGUUUUCUGCCUGAAGGUGACCAGAAACCCCGCCAGCUACCAGCAGCACCUGCUGCGGCACCAGAUCAAUCAGGCCUUUCACUGCAACAGGUGUCGUCUUCAGUUUGUCUUCCUCAAAGAUAAGAUGCAGCAUAAACUGGAGAACCAUCGCUGCUUCCGUCGACCUGCUCAGCUGGAAGGACUGCCGCCAGGGUCAAAGGUGACUAUCAGGACCUACGGGAAGAUCAGGACGCAGAUGACAUCAGCGGGGAGCCGGCUGCUCCACGGCCCCUCCUCCCUCAUCCAGCCAAUCAACAUCAAAACAGAGCAGCAGACGUGUCCGAUCCAGAGGAGCUCGGCGCUCACCAGAUCGCCUCGAUCACCGACGAAGAGGCCGGUCGGCCGCGGGGGCCACGCCAACAGGAGUUCCUCCUAUGAUGGAGACCGGUUGGUGUGUCUGGAGUGUGGGACCGAUGCCUCCGACUUCUCAGCUCACUACCCCACCCAUGUCCACUGUCUGCUGUGUCCAUACAGCAGCUGCUGCUCCAGAGCCUAUGCUGCCCACAUGAUCCAACACCACGUGCCACGGUCCAAGGACAAAGCUGUCCCUCUGCACAGACGUCCUCCUCCAUGUGUGUUCCUGCUGCGCUGCUCUCACUGUGACUUCAGUCCUCGGACUGCGGAUCAGAUGGCCGAUCACCUGCUGAUGAACCCAGAGCACCACAGCGCCACCUGUCGCCCCAGGGUCUACAUUGAACCCGACAUCCAGUUCUGCCACAGCGAAGAGCAGCACUCUUCAGAAGGGAAGGAACCAGUCCAGAACAGGGACUUGUCAGAUCCGUCCUGGAGGACAGCAGAUUGUUGGAAAUAUCCAGAGAUGGACAGCACCAAGGCAACCAUCGUUCCGUUCACGCAGAGCAGUGGGCCUCGUCAUUGCCUGUUGAAGAACAGCGAUGCCAUCGACUUCUUCAACCUGCUCUUCCCUGCAGCGCUCAUGGAGCUGAUCGCCAGCGAGACUAACGCCCAUGCCAAGACCUCUCAGUUCCUGGGCUCCUGCUACCCAGACUGGGUCCCAGUCACCACCCAUGAGAUCAAAGGUUUUAUUGGCCUGGUCAUUCUGAUGGGGAUACAGAACCUUCCUGACCCAUCACACUACUGGUCCUGGAGUCACUACGACAACAGCUAUACCUUCUACCGUGCCAUGAGCUUCAAACGCUUCAAGCAGAUUGCUGCCAACAUUCGCAUGGGCAGCUUUAUCACAGACGAGUAUCGCGGCACCACCAAGUCCAGUGACUCGCUGCACAUCUUCAGGCCAAUGCUGGACAUCCUGGGCGGAGCUAUGUGGAAUACCUACGAGCCAAACUGCUGCUUGACCAUUGACAGGGCAUUACUGCCGAGCCUGGAGGAGGAGAACUGCCACACCAAGGGGAACCCAAAGACACAACCUCAGGUAUGGCUGCUCUGUGACUCCAAAUCUGGCUACUGCCACCGCUUCUUCAUCCAGGUGGGGGAGAUGGUGGGCCACGAGGAAGGCUUCACUGUGGUGCCAGAGCUUGUGAAGGGUCUCGAGGACAAACACCACCAUCUUUACCUGGCUAGUUCACUUACAUCUGUUCCACUCAUGCAAAAACUUCUGGACCAGGGCAUUUACGCCUCCAGCUCAUUCCCUCCAGCCAACCCCAUCCUGCCCAGACAGCUGUGGGAUGAGGGCCAGCUGGAGAAACCUGGGAACUUCCUACAGAGACAGUUUGGCCCUCUGCUGGCCACCCGUUGGAGGGACACCAAAGAGAUGGGCUGUCUGUCAACUAAUGCGCCUCCAGGUGAGCAGGACACUGUUUGGAGGCGAUCUCAGACCAAAGUGGGCGGACUGGACCCCAUUGACCGCCCAAUGGCCUUCCGCCUUCUGCAGGAGAACAUGCGAGGGGUCGACAUCUGCAAGCAACUGCUGGCCUGCAACCCACUGGGAGGAGUUCCCCAGGACCGACACUGGCGCAGCCUCUUCUGGUUUCUAGUCAACCUUAGCAUUGUCAACGCCUUCAUCGUGCUGCGGGAGAGCCGCAGAGAGAACCCACCCCCCUGGGUGCAAGACGGCCUUUUCACUCAGGUUAACUUCCGGAAGCGUUUGGGCAACCAGCUCGCCAAGUGUGCUCAGAAAUACUUUGAGGUCAUGGAGAUUGCCAGCUCCCGCGGGAUGAGGGUGGAGGUGGCAGAUGAACCAGUUAAACAAAGACACAGGAUUGCGAAAAUCAGCGGCAUCUCCAAGAGGUGCAAGAACUGCAAUUUGAAGAACAUCCGCCAUGAGAGUGUGUACGGUUGCAUCAUCUGUAAAGUUAAUCUGUGUAAACAGCCGAGCUGCUUCUGGGAGUAUCACGGCCUGUCACGUCUGAACAAAGGAUCAACAAAAGUUGGAUUCCUCAAGGACAGAAUAAGUGGAGCAGUCGAGGUAAAUGAGGUUCAGGACAACGUGGAUGGUGCGAUGGCCCCUGUGGAGGACAUGGACUUCUCUGACGAUGAGAGACUGGAUGAUCUGGAUGAUAUUGAUGAAGAAACAGAAGAUACUAAGGAAGAGUUUCUCAAAGAAGAAAAACGUCCAAUGUCUCACCUGCCAUCAGCAACAGACGGCCACACCCAACCAGCAACCGUCCUGUCUGCUUCUAAAGAUCGUGAUGAUUUCCUCACUGCCCGUCAGUUAAGGAUCGCAUUGUUUGCUCUAUGUGAUGGACUUCACCAGGCCUCAAGGGUUUUUUCAACCGACGUGCAGCUUAUCCGGGCCUGGGUAAGGGAGGCAAAGAAGCGUUUGAAGAGAACUGAACAGGAACAGAAGGUCAGUGACAAUGGUGGGGACCGUAUGGUGGCCUGGGUGCUGUCCAUGCGGGAGCAGCAGCUUCCGAUUACUGAGAGCAACCUAUUCCACAAAGCCUCCACGCUGAAGAAGAGGGGAAGUUUCAGUGACUCCUUCCGCAUCUCCUACGAUUGGGCCGUAAGCUUCAUGCUGCAGCAUCGGCUGGGCGUACGGAGCAUUGGCAGGGAAGCCACGCUGGCUCGCACUCUGCCACUUUCCCUUGAGGCCAAGAUCAAGUCCUUUAGGGAAUUUGCUCAGAAAGUCAUCCAGGUCAACAAGCUGUCAGGAAGCACUGUGGCUGUGAUGGAUGAGCUGUGCCUUUUUGUGGAUUUAAGGUUGGUUCAGGACAAGUUUCGCCGCUCAGAUGCCCUGGAACUCACUGGGUCUUUACCUCUGGUAACUGUGUACCUGACAGUGCUGGCCGACGGUAUCAUGCUGCCGUCCCUUGUGCUUGCGAACAGGCAGCUGGCUGAGAUAGCACUACCAGAGUUCAUCCUUUUGGAGGCUGGCCCAGAGAGUCUACUAGUAGAAGAGGCCUUGGAUCUCUGGACUAACAAGGUUUGGCUCCCGCAUGUGUCUGGUCCAACUCAGCGUAAUAAAUCAAUGUUGAUCUUGGACCGACACCGGGAACACUUAGGAGAUUCAUUCCUUACUUCCAUCAGUGGAUCGGGUACUCUCCCAGUGGUGAUUCCUGGAGGCUGUUCCUUCCAUCUUCAGCCUCUGGAGGUUUGUGUGAAGCCAGUUCUGCAGCGCUUCUUGCUGUCACGCUGGGCAGAGUUCACCGCCGGACACCCGAAGGAGUUGGAAGAGAUGUCACCCCACCGACUCCAAGCAAAUGUUGCUCAGCUGCUGGUUGAUUGGGUGGUUGAGGCCCUGACACACCUGUACGAACUCCCACAGGUUUGGAAGACGUCUUUCCACCUAACAGGCAUUCUGCCAUGGCAGAAAGAGGAGGACGAGGAGGCUAUGAGGAAGGAGGGGACGUUGAUGAUAAGUAAGAAACCGAAGGAGAUCCAGUUGGACCUCCUCAGCACCUUGACAGAGACCCUGCUGGGGGCCGAGGCUUUAGAGGAAAUUUCUCCUGAGCUGUUGGAGCUGGAAGACAAAGAGGACACAAUGGAGGAAAGAGAGGACAAAGAGAAAGACAAAGAAGAAGAUGAUAAGGGGGUGAACAAGGACAGGGAAGAGACAGGGAAAAAGAUGAGGGGGGACAGGAAGGAUAUGGAGGAGGAAGGGAAGAAAACAAAGGAGAGAGGUAGGCUGGAGGACAUGGAAAAGGAAGGAAAGGACACAAUCGAAGCUGUGGAAGACAGGAAGGAGACAGAGGAGGUCAGGAAAGGGGAAAUUAAGAAGCUGGGGGAGGACAGUGAGGAGGAAGGAAAGGACAAAAAGGAGGACAGGAAGGAGGUGGGCAAGGAGAGACGAGAGACCAGGAUAGUGAUAGGAGAGGAAGUUGGUGAUGAGUGGAAGAUAACGGUAAAGAGCAGGACUGAAGGCGUAGAGGCUGACAGAGGGGAGGAUGAGGGGAUGGAGGAAAGCUGAACAGAUGAUGGAGACAUGGUCCACAGACCGUAAACACCUGAGCAAGUUGUCCUUAACAGGUGUCUAAAGGAAGUAGCUUACCGCUCGACAUCAUCCUAGUUUACCGAGAAUCCACAAAGUCUUACUUUUGGCAGUUAGUCAGUGGAGGUACGUUGAGCUCAGCUGGGUCUGAACCAGAAACAAACCUUCAUGGUGUGGACUCAACGCUCCAGUCUGCCACAGGUUUGCCCAGAUACGACAGUUUGUGUUUGAUAUAAACUGUUGUUUAUGAUGAGGCCCGGGCAUGAUGCUGCACCAGAAUCCCGGAGGUGAAACGAUGAAAUUCAGCAUCUAAUGCUAAGAACUGAGUUUGUGUAAAAAUUGUACAGAUUUUGUCUUUGUCGAGACAAGUUGGAGGUUUUCCAUUCACUUCACUUCAAUAGAUGAUCAUGUUGCCUGCUGCUUGUUCGGGACAUUGAUCAUGUGCCACAUUCACAGACACCAGCCGGGCUGAGCUGUCUUGGCUUGUCCCGAAUUUCCAGAUGAAGCCUUGAACUCAACACAUGAUGUAAAACAGUCAAACUCUGAUUGGCUGACAACAACUGUCACGUCAUGUUUUUUAAACUUGAAGAUCAUACUCAAAGUUCAGCUGCUUAUUAAUGGCAAUAUUUCCAAGGAUCUGAAGGUUCUGAAGACUCUUAAGGUCUUUGGUGUUUUUCCGGCUUUGUUAAAUUUCCUUCUCAUCCUUCAAGUGUAGAAGGAAAGUCUCCAGACCAGCCAAUCGUCACAAGUCAUGAACAACUGCUAGUUAGAAAUGCAUCUGAGAAAAGAAAGGACGCGUUCAGUUAAGAACAGCUUCCGUCUCUGUAGGUCAGCCGAGACAUUCAGGACCGUCAUUCAGCCUGUGGAUGUAAGAUUUAUAGCCGAAUCAGGAAAAAUGAAACAAACGCUGCACAUGUAGUUCUGACCAAACUGAUCCAACAUGUCUGACAGGAACAUCCAGGUGUCGACGUGGACGUGGGCGGGUGUUCCUCGUGGCGUUGUCGGUUCAUCUGCCAGUCACUGUCGUGGUCAGUUGAUAGUUUGGUUGAAGAAACUUUACAAAACUGAAAAAUGUUAAUCGCAGUUUUCUGAAAGCCGUGUGACGUCUUCAGAUAUCAUGUUUUCUUUGACGCCAUCACUGACGAGAUGCUGCAGCGGCGUCGCUCCUGCUGAACAGCUUCCUGUGAGAUGAUGGAGAGCAGCUCUGGAACAUUCUUUUAUUUUUGGACUCAAACACAGAACCAUGUGACCGGAACCUGGACCUGAAGAUAUUUCUGUGUUGGUUUGAACUGUACAGAUUAGUAUUUAGUCUUUAUUUUUAUUUGUGUCCAUCAGGUGAAAGAUGAUGUUUUCAUGACUUCAACAUGUCUGCCUGAAGGUGAUCGUCUCGGUGCUGCUGUACAGAAGACUUCUGUUCCUCAGAAAUAAAAUAGGAAACAUCUUCA